GGAAGCAGCCGAGCAGGACGGAGGUGCAUCGCUGUGCGUUCGUCUCCCGAAAAGUGACAUAAACCGCGUCCUGCAUCGCUCGCCCCGCUUCCCAUUCUUACAAAAGCAGCCUCGGGAAUCCGGAGAGCCAUUGCAUUUUUUGCAAUCUUUUUGCAAUUUUGACACACGCACACACCAUGGUGGUCUUUAAGCGGAUCAAGGCGUUGAGGCUGGAUUUCGAGGAGAACGGCCGGGUCUAUUCCAGCGGCGAGAAAGUAGCCGGCCGCGUGGAAGUGGAAGUGGCCGAAGUCACGCGUGUCUCGGCCGUGCGGUUCCUAGCCUGCGGGGUGGCCCGCGUGUUGUGGAUCCGGGGCCCCCAGCAGUGCAAGCAGGAGAUGGAGUACCUGCGCCACGAAUCGGUGCUCCAGCUGGAGGACCAGCCCGCCGAUAAAGAUGGUUCUGUUUUGCUGAGACCAGGAAACGUUUACCAAUACAAGUUCGAAUUUGAACUGCCCCAAGGGCCUCUGGGCACCACCUUUAAGGGCAAGUACGGCUGUGUGGAUUACUGGGUGAAGGCCUUCCUGGAUCGGCGCUCUUUUCCAACUCAAGAGGUGAAGAAGCGUUUCGAAGUGAUGGAUCAAAUUGACGUCAACACUCCAGAUCUGAUGUCUCCGGUCUCUGCCAAAAAGGAGAAGAAAGUUUCUUGCAUGUUCAUACCAGACGGGCACGUUUCUGUUAGCGCCAGGAUCGACCGCAAGGGAUUCUGUGAAGGUGAUGACAUCUGCAUCAACGCAGACUUCGAGAACACCUGUUCUCGGAUCGUGGUGCCCAAGGCAGCCAUCGUGGCCAAGCACACCUACCUAGCCAAUGGCCAGACCAAGAUGUUCUCCCAGAAACUCUCCUGCGUCCGAGGCAAUCACAUCACCUCUGGCAUGUCCGAGUCCUGGCGGGGAAAAACCCUCCGAGUCAGGAAAAUCAAGCCAUCCAUUCUGGGCUGCAAUAUCCUGCGCGUGGAGUAUUUCCUGCAGAUCUACGUCAGCGUCCCCGGCUCCAAGAAGAUCAUCCUUCAGUUGCCCCUGGUCAUCGGCAACAAGUCCAGCUUUGGCAGCCGCAAUUCCAGCAUGGCCAGCCAGACCAGCUCCGAGAUGAGUUGGGUGGACCUCAACAUGCCCGAUGUUCCAGAAGCACCUCCAUGCUACCUGGACAUCAUUCCUGAAGACCAUCGGAUCGAAAGCCCCACCACUCCUCUCUUGGACGAGCUGGACAAUUCCUUCGACAGCCCCAUCUUCAUGUACGCUCCCGAGUUCAAAUUCAUGCCGCCACCAACCUACACAGAGAUCGAUCCUUGCACUGUGAACAAUAACAUUGUCCAGUGAACUCUCCGAAGAAAACUCCGGUGUGGCUGUGAUUUUAUCCAGCUUUUUUUUUUUCCUGGACUUUCAAAAAAAUUGCCCUGGUAGCAAUUCUGCAACGCAGCCGAAAAAAGGCGCACAGAGAAAAACCUUCCAGGUUUGUCAAAAUUGACCUCUCAGGAAACUGAGUCAGCAAAGGAGCAAGAAAACAGGCUUCCUAGUGCCUUAGCACACGCGUGUUCCAGAUGACAAAAAAAAAUGGGGGGCAUGUAUGAAGGAGGGUUUUUUUCCCCUUCCUCAAAAGCCUUUGCAGAGUAAAAUGUGUGCCCCUUGCAAAACUGACCGGUGCUAAUGCGAUUGUAGGGGUGGUAGAGGCAGGUGUGCCUCAUUUUUUUCCCCUCCUUGACACAAGGAAAAAAAGGGGAAGUAGAAGAAAACUCAAAAAAGUUUUUUGAGACUUGGGUAGUAGGGACUUCACUGCUACCGAGGCACAAAAAUUCAUACCUCUACACUUUUUUGUAGGUGUGACAUUCUGUAGUUGACGAACAAAAAAAGGGGGGCUUCAGCCAUUUUGUGGUUAGGGUGCAAGAAGGGAGAAUAAUUGGCUGGAAGAGUUUCCGUUAGGGAAGGAGAGAAUUUCUUGAGUUGCUCAUAUUGGGUGGAGGUUGAAUGGAGCUGCGGGGUUUCCCCCCCCCCCCCCCGUCUUUUAAACCCCCCCACCAUCUUAAUUGUGGCAGCUUUGGGAGGAAGGAGCAUGUAGGGGGAGGAAGAGUGGCUAGGAAAAGGGAUCAGAGGUUAGUAGAGGAGGUGGUGAGGAGGAGGCUUCCUCUCGCCAGCCUCCAGGAGAAGGAGGAGAAACGAGAAGCAAAGAGAAGAAGUUGGAAAACUUUGCAUAGCAAUAAAGCUAUUGCGGCAUCCGAAGAGUCUAUAUAAGCAAAUAAAUAAAGCUUGUUGAACAAUGCAAGAUAGCAGCUUGGGGUCCUCUUGAGUUGUUAUCUGUUUAUUUUUUUUUUAUAGCACUUAAAAUCCUGUAUAUAUUUUUUUCCUUUUGUCUAUAAAUCUGUUAAGUAAACAACUUUGUUUGGUUUUGGUAAGGGAGAAAUCACUGUUUUGCCUAGGAUCUCCAAUAGAUGUUCCAUGUUCAGAAGCGUGGGGUAGAUUGAUUGACAGGUUUGGGGGAGGUCGCAGAUGGGGGGGUUCAGCAGCCUUAUUGAAGCCCCCCCCCAGGGGCCACCAGAAGAUCAAAAAUGCUUUUUUGCCAAACGAUGCUGCAUUACAAAAAAAAAAAUGAAUGUAGACACAUAUCUAUAAGCAAAGAGCUUCAAUAUUUCAAGAAGCAUUUAUUUUUGGUCAGUAUCCGUCCUGCGACACUCCCGACUUGUUUACCUCCAACAACUUGUGUGGUUUUUUUUGUUCUCCCCACGUCAGAAAAACAAAUAUGCACUUGAAAUGACUCUGCACUGCAUAGCCGAAGUGUUAAUUCAUCCCAUGUUUUGUUGCCACAAAUACCUUGUGUGUCACACAAACGGGUGUACUGAUUAUUAUUAUUAUUUUUUCUUAAAACUGUUGUUUUUUUGUUUCACUGUUUUGUAUUAUUUGUGACUCAAGUUAUAUUUUGUACCGUUGAACUAUGGUGUAUAAAAAGCCUUUUUUCCUAAUAAAUUAUCAAAACAUUAAAA